UUGACCUUGCAGGUUUUGGCUGCCCAAGAUUCAUACCCCAAACAGAUUUGCCAGUUUGAUGAGCCAUCUCUGUCCAUCCCAUUUAUUCCACUGAGUGGGGAGUAUGCACAGUUUGUGGGGCGCACAUCGGAUGGACUAAUUGCACUCUCAAACUAUCGCAUCAUUUUGCAACAGCGUGAUGUAACCUACCACGUUCCUUUAGGAGUUAUUGAGACAAUUGAAUGCCGAGAAAUCUUUUUCCUUUAUCUUCUGUGUAAAGAUACUAAGUCAUACAAGUGUACCUUUGGAACUAACGAACAGUGUGCUGAAUGGCAGCGGCGAUUGACAAAAGCUCUACUCCUUCCUCAACGCUUGGAGAAUGUUUUUGGUUUUGCAUUCUACAUGUGGAGUAUGGAGGAGGCUCGGGAUCUGCACAAUGCACUCUUGGAGCCAGAUGGUGUGCAGUCGUAUGCUGUGCGAGCAGAGAAAAUGUUUGAUGAAGAGGUUCGGCGUCUUGGUUUUGAUUUAGGCGGAGCAUGGCGCAUCUCUUUGGCAAAUAGUGAAUACCAGCUCUGUUCCACAUACCCCAGAAAGUUGGUUGUACCAGCAUCCAUCAAUGAUAACAUAUUGGAGUCAGUGGCUCGUUUCAGAUCUGUUAGGAGGAUACCUGCUGUUGUUUGGAGACAUGCCAAUGGUGCAGUCAUUGCACGAUGUAGUCAGCCUGAGGUGGGUUGGCUGGGAUGGCGAUCUAGUGAAGAUGAAGAUUUGGUGAAGGCAAUUGCUGAAGCUUGUGCUUAUGAUAGCCCUUCUGUUACAACCUCUAAUAGUGUGACUGGGACAACAGGAAGUCAGCUGGUGCUACCUCAAAGUGGAGAGGAAGCAACCACUCCUGUAUCUGAUAUUCCUUCUCUUUGUGACUUGCCCGAGGCCAAGGCUCAAGCAGAUAUUAAGAUUCUGAAGAGAAGUUGCUAUGGUUAUAUAAAUUUGAGAGUAUGUAAAAGAAAGAAACAAAGUGAAUAUAGAAAACAGCAAGGUGAUGAAUCACUAAGUUUAUUCAUUGGAAGUAGUUGGCUCUCCGGACUGGAGAAUUCUCGGUGGUUGGCGCAUCUCUCAGGAUUACUGAAAGCUGCUGUAACAGUUGCUCAAGCAGUUGUGCGUGAAGCAAGACCAGUUUUAGUUCACUGUUCUGAUGGAUGGGAUCGGACUCCCCAGAUUACUUCACUUGCGCAACUGUUGAUGGAUCCUUAUUACCGAACGAUACAUGGUUUUCAGGUGCUAAUUGAACGUGAAUGGAUAGAGUUUGGUCACAAAUUUAGUGACCGAUGUGGUGUUGGUCGAAGCUGCGAGGACGUUAAUGAGAGAUGUCCAGUAUUUCUUCAGUGGCUGGACUGUGUGCACCACCUCCUCUGCUGGUAUCCCACAGCAUUCCAAUUUAAUCAGGCAUAUCUGGUAAAGUUGGCCCAACAUGUGUACAGCAAUCUCUUUGGUUCCUUUCUCUGCAACACUUCUCAAGAGCGUGUCCAAGCUAAAAUUGGGGAUCGCACUUAUUCAGUUUGGUCACUUUUAAGGCUCAACCGUGACCGAUACACUAACUACCUCUAUGUUCACACUCAUCAGGUACUCUUCCCUUCGUGUCACACUCAAGACAUGCGGCUGUGGACAUCAGUCUAUAUGCUCGAAAUGGGGGAAGUAACUGAAGACACCAACACCAGCAGCCACCUUAUUGUUGGCGAUGAUGAGCACGUCGGCCGUCUCCCACUGAGUUAUGCAUUUUUCAGUUGUCCGAACAUGGCCAUGCUCAACUCUGCACUUGGUGCAGAUCUGGCUAGUGAAGAAAUGAAUGCUGGUGUGGAACAUGAGAAUGAAGAACCAGGCAUUGAGGAUUUUGAUGCUUAUGAAGAUUCUACAAGUGAACCUAAUGGAGAAAGACUCAAUGAUGAGUCAGAGUCAUUGACUUUAUGUGAACCUUCAGUUUCAGAAUCUGAAAACCAUGAAUGUGUGAAUGUAGUGCAAAGUGAGCUCAGUGAACAUGUAGAAAAUGGUGAAGAAGCGAGUGAAUUCCUGGGGAGAGAAAGUACAGAAAUAGAUGAGGACGAGAGUGACAUGGAAAAGGUAGGGAUGCUGAGAGAGCCAAAAGGGGAAAUGUGUCGGAAUAGACCAAGAGUCAGUGGUGGCCAUCGCAUCAGAGGUUUGGCUGAACAGUCCAUCGAAGGAUCUACUGACACUUUAGUUGCUGAGAUGGGAAUUAUUGCUAGUGAAGAAAAUGUUCCUCAGGAAAAAAACAGUGAAUUGUUACCAUUAGUGAAUGGAGAAUCAGGACAAGAGAGCCCCAAGUCCUUAUUAAAUGGAAAAUGUUGUCCAUUUAUGAAUGGUGUUUCAGAAGAAAAUGAAGUGUGCACCACAGUUAAUAAUAACCGCAAACCUCUGAAGAAAGGGCCAGUAUCCUCUGUGUCAGAGAAUGGUCUAGAAGAACGCUUUGAAAAGAGGAUUGUAAAUAUGGCAAACUUAAGUAACGUCAUGACCAGCGUUACAUCCUCAGGCUGUAGCAUUUGUAUCCAAAGUAAGAAACUAUUAGAUGAAACUAGUAAUGGAGACUCAUGGCGAAGUGCAGGACUGCUGCAAGAAACUGUUAUUGGAGGCACAGUGCGAGGUGUUAACAUGGGAACGGGCAGUAGAGUUUCACUGUAUUCCACUCCCAUGCAUUCCCGAACACCUUCUUCUUGUAUACCUUCAACACCUUGUGAAGAUCGGUUUGGUAAUGGUGGUGACAGCAGUAGAGGCAGUAAUUAUGGCACUAUUGAUGGUCUUCACAAUGUUAGUGAUGAAGUAACUAAGAGAUUACACCAAAUCUUGCUCCAUCAUCAGGUGAGGCCUACUAAUUACAACCUUGAAUGAGUGUAGAUUUCUACAGUGACAGGCAACAAGAAUGUUGAACAAGUGGAUGAGAGAGAAUUCCAGCAAUAUACUCAGGGUAUACUGCUGUGAUGUGAAAGAUCCUACUCAUUAACACUUCUUUCUGUGUUGAUGCACUUUUUUUUUUUUUCCUAGAAAAAAUUAAAGGCAAGCUG